AUGGCCUCUCCAAGCUCUGACAAAACUGCUCCUACCAUCGACCUCGAACCCUCGAAGGACGCGCAACAAGAUACAACCCCCAGGACGUGUUCGAAUGAGCCUCCCCAGAUGAAGACGAGGAUGUUGACCCGUAAGCACCGAGAGCUGUUGCUGGCCAAUGUCGACCGCGCCGGCCACUCCAGCCUCGUGCCCGCUUCGAAGGCGCCGAGUUCAGACCAGCCCAGAAAUGAUCCGUCUCCCAAGGCCUCGAUCGCUUCUCCUUCCUGCAGCGGCGCAAUCCCCUCCAUCCCAGAAAUCCGCGUUAAGAACGCAGAACCUGGGGUCACCCGGAUCGACACCGGAGGCAGCGUAUCGCCCACCCCGCUCCCGCAGUCCUCCGACCAUCUCCAAGUCCCAGGCAACCCUAAGCUCAAGGCGGUGCCGAAGCUAAAUGCGAAGCCGAAGCGCCAGCAGCUGCCCCGCGGGGCCGACUUCGGAAACCCCAGGGAGAAGACGACGAUCAUCGGCUGCGCCGACCGCGCCCUCGGCCUCCGCCUUGUUAGAACCUAUGGAAACGGCGAAGCUCUUGUCGGCGAGCGAUACCGCACCAAGCGCAACGUCUUCAGGUUCAUCUCGGCCGUCGGCAUCCUCAUGGCGGUCAGCCUGUGCGCCUUGAUCGCGCUGUUUGUCUACUUUGGAAGCCGGGGCCUCGCGGGACCCGAGUGGUUCGCCUGGAUCGCCGUCAGCGCGGCGGGCCUGAUAUGGUCCCUGGCGGCCUUCAUCAUGGUCCGCGGCUCGAAGCGAAGCGCGCUCCACGACGUCGAGAUCGCCCGGCAGAGCAUCAUCAUGAACGACCGCAUCCGGAACGGCUUGGCGGCGCCCGUGGCCAUUAUCAGUGGUCCCAGCUCGAACAGGCAGCAGUCGAUGCGCGCCGUUUCUGCCACGGCUGCGGCUGCCUCGAUUGCGGCUUCUGUCGGUACUACCCCUGCUUUCACCAGAUCUCGACCCGAUCUUGGAGUCAUAAUGGAAGAGGGAGAGUAUGGCGAAGAAAGCUGGGCUCGUGGGACAGAGGAGCGACUGGACACGCUAGUCGCCGAUAACAACGUUUGA